GGAGAAGUGAUUCGUCCAUCGGCACACAUUUUAUACAGCUACCCGAAUCAAAUAUGGUGGCUGUCGGCUUCAUUACGUUAACGUAUGCUUUACGGCAAACCUAGUGUCGUGAGGGAGCGAGAGCCGAGGACGUCUGGAGCUCUGCAGGUGAAAAUAUGACCGAUUUGUCCGACCUUUUUUCUAGAUCACGUUUGCAAAAAAAAUGUCUGGUUUCAAUUUCUGUGUGGGAAUGGUGGGUUGAUGUGAAUGCCAGGCUGCAUUGUAUCCUGAAAUAUGGAGGUCACUGGUGUAAUGGAGGUAGAAAAGUCAUGUGAGCUGUGUUCUAUGUAAACCUAACAUUGACCUGUCAUAAAAAAUGAUAUUAAUGAAAUGAUAUCCGCACUCAGGGAAUUAUUCACUAAACUGCGAACUGAAACACAUUGAAAUCACAAAAGUGUUCUUUAUAUAUGUUUAUACGCUUAACGCUUUAGUGUUCUUUUGCAUACACAUUCCUGCUGAUACAGUUACUAACUCCCAUGCAUGCAUUAAAGGACCCUAUAGGCACCCAGACCACUUCAGCUCAAUGAAGUGGUCUGGGUGCCUGGUCCAGCUAGGUUUAACCCCGCAGAUGAAAACAUAGCAGUUUCAGAGAAACUGUUAUGUUUAGAUUAGGAUUAAACCAGCCUCUAGUGGCUGUCUCAUUGUGAAAAUCACAGUGAGAAAAUGCUGACGUCCAUAGGAAAGCAUUGAGAAAUGCUUUCCUAUGGACUGAUUGAAUGCACGUGCGGCUCUUGAAUCGCAUGCGCAUUCAGCGCUGAUGUCGGAAGAGGGAGAUUUCCCCAGCGCUGAAGAAAGGUAAGUGUUUAACCCCUUCCUCUCCCUUCAGCCCAGCAGGAGUAGGACCCUGAGGGUGGGGGGGACCUGAAUACCCUAUCGUGCCAGGAAAACGAGUUUGUUUUCCUGGCACUAUAGUGGUCCUUUAAGACACUUGGAUUGGUCUACCCUAGAGAUGUGGGGCUAAUAGCACUUAAGUGUUACCUGUGCAAGGUGAGUUGGCGGAUGAUGUGUAUGAUACUAGCCCUGAGAGCAGUCAUCAGCACAUUAUCUUAUUGGCUAUUGAGCUAUCCACUCAAGUACUUGUUGCACUUGGUUUGUUGCAUAGAGCACCCUGAAAAACCACCGCGCUAUGAGAGUGGAUUAGAAAUGAGUGAUUUGUUAAAAAUGACUGCGCAUCUAAGGCAGCCUCCAAGAGCACUACAUUAGGUAGCCCUUUUACAUGCGCCGAACAAAUCAUUUGCCUGUCAGUCUAUAGAUAAACAAUUUCAUUAAUUUUGAUUUGACAUAGGUUGAUAGUCAUUUGAUUUGUUCUUCCCUGAAAGGAAGUUGUGCACAAAUCUAGUUUACAUUAAAUUUGUCCAAGUUCGCUUACUCAACUUAGGCUGAGCUCACAGAGCAAAGUUCUACACUGUUGCAGAAAGUUUUAAGGGACACUUUACGUACUCUAUUUAAUAUUAUUGAAUUGGUUAUGCUGUUUGGAGACCCCCGGCCUAUCUCUCUAUUCAAAGUCAAACCAUUUUCAGGUAGUUUAAUGCUGAAUCAGGGUUUCUAGCUGGACACAGCCCCGCCCAAGUAUACCUAAGGCAGAGAUUACACUCUUCGUUAGCCAUACCAAUUCAUACUAGCAAUGGGUGCCUGAGCCACUCUGAUUACUACUGCCCUUUGCUGCUCAGGCUAAUACUUCCUCCCUAACUUGAGCAGCACAGAGGCUGCUGCAAACUCUUGUAUACCAUUAAAGUUACACUUCACUUCCCACAUAUAAAUAAAUAAAUAAAUAAAUAUAUAUAUAUAUAUCACUGUUUAGAAUAUAUACCCCAAAUGAAGAUAUUCAUGCGUGCAUUCAUUGUGAGUUUUCCAAUUUACCAUUUUUGCAUGUGAUUGUCCAAUUGUCAAAACAUCUCAUGCCAAAGCAUUAACAGUGCAACAUCCUCCCUUUUCUCUCAUGGCUGCUCAGUAUUGUUGGCAUUAGUAGUGAUGAGGGAGAUCCACCGGGAGGCCUUUAGCAUUAGGUUAGUGAAACCAGGCUUUUUCUGAGUGACGCAAUGUCAGUGAAAGCUUUCAUCACUCCUCACAUCCUGAUUGACAACACUGGAAAGAAGUGAAUGAGCACAAGCCUGCAAAUGGAGUGGGAAAAGCUGUCUCAGGUAUUGUCAUGGUAAAUCAGGACAUUUGUACAAUAACACCAUCAAGUACAAGAGCACCUUGCUUCUACACAGCCAGGAGGGUACAAAUUAGCAUCUUUAUAAAUUGACAAUUUUCUCUUUAUAUUAGCAAUUUUUUUAUAGAGUGGAAAAGAGGGGCUACUGUGUUUAACCCCUUAAGACCUUCAAGUACUCUUUAAAACCAAUAAAAACUAAAGUAGUGGUUUGGUGAAUAGAUGCUGCUCUUUUUUUUUUUCUUACAGUAUAAAACACAGUUGUUUUUAAGAAAUUACAAUCUUUACAUUUGUCUGAAAAGGGAAGAUAUACAGUAGUGGAGGAGAAAAAAUACAACAACAAGAGGACAUUGUCCUAAAUUCGAGGGACAUAGAUUUAAAACGAAUUCCUUAAGAUCUGAAUUUGGUGUUAGUACCCACAACAUGUUGAUGUCAAAUAUGGCUAAUGCUUCUCAUAGAGAAGUGUUGGAUUGGCAGAUUGUGGUCAUUGCCACACAUGUGACUGGCACUCCUAGCUUCUCUAUGAGAACCAUCUGACUGGACCAAAGAUAAUUAGCAUUGUCUAUCAAAGUCAUUUCUGUUGAAGGUUCCUUCUCUUUCUUUGCUGCCUCUUCACAGGUAAGUUUCUUUGCUACUGUCACGUAUUCAUCCGCUACCAGGCGCUAUGCCACCUAAGUGAGCAGUCUAUGCUCUGUCACUUCAGGAGAGUAGAGUAAUGGAGGAAUAUAUUAAGGAUUCAUUGAAUAAAGGCCAUAUACGAAAAUCAUCCUUGCCUGCUGGUGCAGGAUUCUUUUUUGUAUCUAAAAAGGAUGGUGAGUUGCGCCCAUAUAUCGAUUACAGGGCAUUGAACAAAAUUUACCAUUAAGAACGCCUACCCCAUUCCUCUUAUUGCUGAAUUAUUUGACAGACUCCAGGGAGCUAAAGUGUUUACUAAGCUUGACCUUAGAAGCGCUUACAAUUUAGUGAGAAUCAAGGAAAAUCACGAGUGGAAGACUGCAUUUAAUACCAGAAGUGGACACUAUGAAUAAAUAUCUAGUGAUGCCAUUCGGGUUGUGCAAUGCUCCAGUGGUUUUCCAAGAUUUCAUUAACGAUGUACUUAGGGAUUGCAUUUACUCGUUUGUCUUGGUCUUUCUGGAUGAUAUCCUUAUUUAUUCUCCUGACAUUCAGACUCACCACGGUCACGUUAGACAAGUUCUGCAGACCUUGUUAAACAAUCAACUUUAUUGUAAAUUAGAAAUAUGAAUCUUUGACCAAUCUGAAGUACAGUUUUUGGAAUAUAUCUCUGCCUCAGGGUUUCAGGUGGAUCCUAAAAAGCUGGAAUCGGUUCUACAAUGGCCUUUACCCACUGGGUUGAAAGCCAUUCAAAGGUUCAUUGGUUUCGCCAAUUAUUACAGAAGAUUUAUAAAGGGAUUUUCUUCAGUAAUAACCCCCAUCACCAAUAUGACACGAAAGGGGGCUAGUAGUACGAUAUGGUCUAAGGAGGCAAUUGAAGCCUUUGAAACUCUCAAACAGCGAUUUGCCUCCGCCGACCUAUUGAUACAUCCUGACACCAGUAAGCCUUUCAUACUGGAGGUUGAUGCUUCAGAGAAAGGGGUAUGGGCAAUUCUCUCCCACAGGGAGAGCCAGGAAACUCCAUUACAUCCUUGUGGUUACUUUUCUAGAAAGUUGUCUCCUGCUGAGCACUAUUACGAUAUUGGCAAUAGAGAAUUGUUGGCCAUUAUUCUAGCUCUCAAGGAGUGGCGACAUCUUUGAGGUUUCCAAGGACCCCCUUUUGAUCAUUACUGAUCACAAAAACCUGGCUUACAUAGGUGAUGCUAAGCGAUUAUCUUCUAGACAAGCUAGAUGGUCUCUAUUUCUUUCUCGCUUUAAUUUUCUUAUCACCUACAGACCUGGUUCUAAAAAUGUCAAGGCCGACGCCUUGUCCAGGCAGUUUGAUACUGAGGCUAUACUAGAGCAAGAAACGUUCCCAUAUCAUUCCCCCAGAAUGUAUCAUUGCGUCCACUGUCCUUCAUUGUCCUCUCCACUGCUUGGCUCCAUCAUGGAGGCUCAGUCUCAGGCGUCCUGUGGUAAACCUCAGGACAAACUGUUCGUUCCAUUGGGGGAAAGGGUUAAUAUCAUGAAGGUGUUUCACGACAAUGUGUCUGCUGGUCACCCGGGUAUUAAUAAAUCCACUUCUGCUAUCAUGAGGUCAUUCUGGUGGGAUUCCCUCAGGAAGGAUGUUAUGGAAUAUGUGCAGGCUUGUUCUGUUUGUGCGGUUUCCAAAGUGCCUCAUAAACUCCCUUGUGGCUUGUUACAACCUCUUUCUAUUCCUGAGGUCCAAUGGUCCCACUUGUCCAUGGACUUCAUUGUUGAACUUCCCAGUUCUAAUGGUUAUACCACCAUUCUCAUGGUUGUGGACCGUUUUCUAAAAUUACCAUCAUCUCAAGACCUGGUACUGAUCUUUAUACGUGAGAUUGUCCAUCUGCAUGGUAUUCCUCUCAAUAUUGUAUCUGAUGGAGGUUCUCAGUUUGUAUCCCGAUUUUGGAGGGCUUUUAAUAAGCAAUUGGGGAUUGAAUUGUCUUUUUCAUCCUCUUACCACUCCCAGACUAAUGGUACAGCUGAGAGGGCUAACCAGUCUUUGGAGUUAUACUUGUGUUAUUUUGUUAAUAGCACUCAAGACAAUUGGUCCGAAUUAUUACCAUGGGCAGAGUUUGCUAGGAACAAUGCUGACCAUGAUUCCUCUGGGCAUAGUCAAUUUUUUGUUAAUAAUGGCCGGCAUCCUACUGUUCUACCGGCUAUUUUUUCUGAUACGGCUAUUCCUGCUUUGGAUGACCGUCUGGCUUCCAUCAGUGAUACCUGGGUUAAAGUUCAAUCUGCUUUGGGUACUGCUGCUGACCGUUUCAAGCAUUAUGCUGAUACACGUCGAGGUGCCAAGUGAGUGAGAGGGUUUGGUUAUCUUCUCUUAACAUCAGGCUCAAAGUCCCUAGCAUGAAGUUUGAUCCUAGGUUCCUUGGACCUUUUCGUGUCCUUCGUAGGAGCAAUCCUGUUGCGUACUCUCUGGCCCUUCCGGCCUCCUUGAAAAUUCCUAAUACCUUUCAUGUGUCCUUGCUCAAACCUCUUGUUUGCAAUAAAUAUACUGUCUCAAGUGUCCCUCCUCCUCCCUUAGUUAUUUCUGGACAGGAAGAGUAUGAGGACUUCACCAUAAUUGAUUCCAGGUUUUUUCGGGGCACUUUACAGUACUUGAUGGAUUGGAAAGGUUAUGGACCAGCCGAUCGUUCUUGGGUUCCGGCAUCUGAUAUACAUGCUGGCUGCAAGAUUCGCUAUUUUCAUGCCAAAUUUCCUCUCAAGCCUGGUCCUGCCCGCCUGGUUGGCGUUCUUCAGGUGGGGGGUAAUGUCACGUGUUCAUCCGCUUAUAAAAAUGUGGUUAAUGGCAUUUACUGUCCACACAUGAAAAGUUGUGCCGAGCUGCAACCAAAUCCACAGAAGGGUUAGUGCUGAGCAGCAAUUAUGCAAAUGGAACCUGGUAACUGCCUUUGGGGUCAAAGGCCGGUAACAUCCUAUCAGAUCUAGAGGAGGGGUAUUUAGGCCCAGUUCUCAUCCUGCUCAGUGCCCUGUCGUGGUUGUCCGAGAGCGCGUUAUUGAUUCUGGUAAUUCUGGUUAUUUGACUUUGGCAUUGUUUUUGACUUCCCUGUUUUCUGGCAUCCCUGACUUCUGGCUUUUCCUUAUCGUUGGGUCUCUUUCUGUUUCCCUUGACCUCGGCUAUUCCUGACUAUUCUUUGGUACGUUAGUCCAGCCAUUCUAAGGUCCGGUAUACGUUACCUAUCAGUCCUCUGUGUUACACAAUUCUACGUGCUGGAUCAUUCUGUAAUCCUGACAGCUACACAGCAUGUUAUCCCAUAAUAAAAUCUUGCCACUUAUUGGAAUUCAUUUCGGAUCCUCCAUACACCAAAAACUUGUGAUGCACAAAAGAUGCCUGUUUCCUAUUACUGUUGCUAGUGACGUCUGUGGGAAUUGCCUUUCGUCAAUUUCCCACACAGAAUUUCAAUAAAAUUCCAACACAGUAACUAGGAGUAUUUCACAUAGGUUUGUCUUAAUUAAAUACUCAAGUAUUAUAUUGUGGUGACCUACUGUAGGGGUGAAAGUUAGAGGAGGAAUGUUCCACAGAUAUAAGUUAUGCCAUUAUCUCUGUUUACAUGAUUUUGUUUGCUGCAAUUAUUUAGUAAAUUGAUAUUAAGCAGAGUGCUGUCUUUAAUAAAAUUACUCUUUUAAGUAACGGUUAAGAAAAUGUAGAAAUUUAAGUAAAACCUGAAAAUGCAACUUAAUUGGUGAAGUGUGCGUACACGAGCACGUAUGUGUGUGUAUAUGUAUAUAUUGUAUUGAUUAUAUUUAGUGAUAUGAGGGAUAUGAAACAUUUUUGAUGUUUGCACCUGAAUAAUGUCACAGUAUACUGCUAGCAGUUAAUGGAACAAGGAACCACAAUAUCUCAGAAUGUAUGAGUAUGGGCUGCCAAGAUCAUUCAUCCAUAUGAAAUAUAUCCCCCUCCUUUCUUCCACUAGCCAUGCCGUUUAUUGAUGUACAAGGCAAGCUGGGGAUCGAUGUAGACAAGUGGCUCUUGCUUCAGAGUGGAAAACAGCCAUACCGUCAAGCUGCAAGGUGCCACGCCUUUGAAAAGGAGUGGGUGGAAUGUUCCAGUGGCAUUGGGCAGAUCCGGGCACGUAAGGAGUGCAAGCUGGAAUAUGAAGAUUUCAAUGAGUGUAUGCACAGGACCAAAACGGUGAGAGUGAUAUUUUAAUAGAGAACACCAGGGGAUGAUCUAUGCUUAGGUUAUGUGUGUGAGGAUCUAGGAAUUUAUUUGCAGUGCAUUUAAUAUUUUUAAAAAGUGUAAUGCAUUCUGCACAUGCAUCCGUGAUACUCAUGAUUAUUUUUUUUUAUACCACAGUUUAUGCGAUUGGAAGCAGUUCAAAAUCAAAAGAAAAAGCUGGAGAAGGAAGGAAAAUACAAGGCACCAGAUCGCAGCAAAGAAGAAAACCAACCAUAACCUUAAGACUGAUAAAGGCAUAAUUGCUGGCAUAUUUACAAACUCCACUUUACAUUAUUAAAAUGUUCCAUGCCAUGACGUUUGGUGUUCUUCCUUUACUAUUCUCCUGAAAUGCCUUGUUUUAUUGAGGGGGUCUGAUUUAAAAUCUUGGGUUUAUUCUGUUCUUUAUGAGUCAAGGAUGUGCUGUUACAACAAGGGUCAGA